GGAUUUACAACACACAGCCAUCCAAUCGCAGCCUGCAAUGGUGGAGCGUCCCGUUCAGCCAUGUUGUGGUUUUGAAUGAGGAAGAAGCGGGAGAUGUUGUUCUUCAGCGAGUUUAUUUGCUAUUUAAAUUCACGUUAAGGAUAUAAAAAUAAUUCUGGGUGUGACUCAAAAUGAUAAUCGUUUUUCCGAACGUGCUGGCUGCGACGUAUCGCAUUCCUGGUGGAAAUUAGGCACACUUCCAUAAAUUAGCCGCGCGGCUAGCAACGGUAGCUAGCAAGGUAGUUGGGUACUUAGCGUGCUAGCUAGGCAAGCAGCAAAUAUUAAAGGUUAGCGUCUUUCGUGGGAAUAUACAAUGAUAUUUGUGAGGAGUGUUAACAUUUGAAGUAGCCCCAGCUAGCCCGCCUCGGUCGAAUUAGGUAUAUCAGCACAGCUUGGGCUCGGUGUAUUGACAGGUAGAAAGCAACUAUAACCGUUUUGCUUUGAACCCGCGGCGCUAUUUCUAAAACUUUUGAGCCAUGUUGAAUAAAAUCUACGAAUGGAUCGAAACAAACUUCGCCAAUUUACGCAAUGAUGUACCUGCUGAAGAGCACAUAGAUGCACGCCGGGAGCCAAGAGAUGGUCCGAUCAGGAGGAAAAGACCGCUUGAAUGUUUGGAAGAUGGACACAACCUCGACCAAGACGGUUUAGUGAUAAAGAGGUCACGAAUGGGGGACUUAAUUGACACAGUCAAGACUGCAGCUGAAGGGGUUAAGAGCCAUAGUUCCAGUGUGGCUACGUGGAUGAGGAUGAAUGUAAGCCCUACCUUGAGAAAUAUACUGCCUGCCUCCCCUGGUCCUCCGCCUCCAGAAUCCCAGCCACAGCCCUCAACAUCAGCAGCAGUUUGGGCAGGAAGGCCGGAUGUUGGAAGAAACUCUGUGACCGAAAAGUUCGCUGCUCCCUCAACUUUGGAAUGGAAAACAUCAAAAUUAGAAUGGUCACGCAAUGAGAAGUCCUUUAUGGGAUCAAAAGUCUGCAGGAGGCAAGUUUGUAUGAGUCCUACACAUCGUGAAGUGCCAAAAACAAAUGGACAUUCAGUUAACUUGCCACCUUCCAUCACGCCUAAAUUGCAACCCUCACCACGGCUUGGCAGGCCCCUAAACCUCCGUCCACAUGCAACACCAAGUUUGUGUAGUGGCAUUGGGACAACAAACAGCACCUGCACAAGUAUGUAUGAGAAGACAUUUCCCAUCAAAGUGAUGCAGAGCCCGACCCACAGCACCUCAUCUGGCUGCUUAAAUCGAGCCAGGCUUCACUCCACAGCACAGGAGUCGGUUUGUGAAGAAGAGAAGGAGGUCUACAGGCAGCUUCUCACCAUGGUCUCUGGUGGCCAAUCAGCAUGCCUUCGCAAUGGCGGUUCACAUGCAUUCGUGAGGUCACACAGAGAUUUCUCUAGUUUUCUGACAACCAGCCGUAGAUUGCUGCAGUUCUCGUCCUCACCUGGGUCAGCAGCAGCAGCAGGUACUUCCGAGGAACCCAGUAGCCCCCCCAGUCCAAGAGGGUUGUCAAGUCAAAGUUCCAGCAACCUCCCCAGCCCAGUGGGAACGUCCAGCAAGCCAGUGAUUCAACCGUGGUGUCUGGAUACUGACCUGAGCUUCAGUACAGCAGCAGCCUUAACAGUUCCCUCUCCACCUGCUCUGCACGAUAACUCUUCUCAGGACACGCAGUCAUCAGCUUGUGAUGGUGACUCUGUAAUUAUUGUGCAUGAGCAGAAGGGAAAAAAGCAGGACAGCUCAAGUGUCCCGUGUUUCCAAGCUGAGUUAUGGAUAAAAGAAUUGACAAGUAUGUAUGACUCUCGGGCAAGAGAAAGAAGGCGACAGAUUGAAGAGCAGGAGGCUUUGGCUGCCAGGCUGCUCCGUCAGCGACUUUCUGAAGAAGGGCAUCGCAGCCCAGACGUUGAGGUCCAUAUCCGAGUUCCUUUGGAGAAAGAGGUUCCUUUGUCUCCUGUGAUUGAAGAAUCAAAGCUUCUGAAAGAGAAACCAGAAUUUCCUGAACUCUCAAUGGAAAUGGAAGCUGCAGUCAACAGGGCAUUUAGAGGAGGUAGUCCUCAUGAAGUACUGAGUGAAGGUUUUGGUCUCAGCCUUACACGCAAAGACCUGCAGACCCUCAGCAACCUUAACUGGCUCAAUGAUGAAGUGAUCAACUUUUACAUGAAUUUGCUGGUUGAGCGAAGUAAAGACCCCAGCCUGCCAUCAGUCAAUACAUUCAACACAUUUUUCUACCCAAAGCUGCGCAGCAGCGGCUACUCUGCUGUACGCCGGUGGACCAAAAAGAUGGACAUCUUUUCUAAGGACAUCCUUUUGAUCCCUGUCCACCUGGGGGUGCACUGGUGCCUCUCUGUCAUAGAUUUCCGGAAAAAGGCUAUUAUGUACCUUGAUUCAAUGGGAGGAAACAACGAUGAAGCAUGUAAAAUAUUGUUUGAAUACCUACAGCAGGAAAGUAAGGACAAGAAGGGCAAAGAACUAGAUACCUCAGGCUGGACUCUGCACAGCAAAAAGCGCCAUGAAAUUCCUCAGCAGAUGAAUGGUAGUGACUGUGGAAUGUUCACUUGCAAAUAUGCAGAUUACAUUACCAAAGACAGACCAAUCACAUUCACACAGACACACAUGCCCUAUUUCAGGAAAAGAAUGGUUUGGGAGAUUCUUCAUCACAAGCUGUUGUGAUAUCAGGAUGAGGUUCGUGAACUCGUCUCUCAUCGUCUUGCAGUGUUAUAUGUGCAAAUUUUGACAUUCAGCUGCAAGUUCCAGGACAAGUCCUGUUUUGAGAAAGUCUUGUACACCAGCUCCUUAGAUCAGGAACCAGCCCUGUAAUUCUCCAUCUUCUACAUUCAGUUAAGUCCUCAGUUGAUCAGCUGAUGGGAAGUUGCUAGAGAACACAAGCACUGCCUCUCAAUUGUUUUCUGUAGUUUUCGUGACUUUGUGCAGUCACGGGGCUUCAGUAGAGCAGCAGGAACGCUGCACGUUUUGUAUUUCGCAGCCUUAACGGGUGGUGAGAUUACAUUUGUACUGACUUUGACCGUGUCCUCAGUCUGACGAAGGCACAGUUUACAUGAUUUUGUCUCAUAGGGAGAUGAGUCUGUUAUGCUGCAUAUUUAUGACAGUAAUACUCUAUUUUGGUUUUACUCAGUAUUUGAUACUCGUGCAAAAUUUCAGUUUACCUCAAAAUUGUCAAUGCACACAAACUGUUUUUGGGCGAAGAUUCUAACAAUUUGGGAUUUGUUCUGUUAUGUUUUUGCAAUAUAAACAUUACAUCUAAAACUUGAUUAUUUCAUUAAUUUGAUUCAGUGCACAACACUUCAAUGUGAAAUUGCCUUAGAGUAUAAGGUUUGAAGAAAACAUUGUGUCUUACCCCAUAAUUGUGACAAAGUCCUACUUUCAACCUGGAGGAGCAGGUCACAAAAACAUGGUAAUUUUCUGUUUUUUGCUAUGUCUCAAAAAAGCUUGUAAGUUAAUUGUCAAAGUCUAUUUUAUGUACUUAAGUCUUUUUAGUUCAAUUGCAAAAUUUGGGCAUAUUCAGUAUAUUUUGAACUUUGUACAUAUACAACCUCUUGAACAGUGUAAUAUACUUUUUUUUUACGUAUUUCCUAUAUUUUUUAUGUAGAGCAAACGCCAUUUUAGAAAAAAAUCUAAUGUGACUGACAUCAGUCUUUUGGGUUUGAAGAGACACAUUUGAGAAGUAUGAGAAGAAUGUGUGUGUUGGCUUUUUGGUAAAAGAUGUUUGUAAAUGAUAAAAGUACAGAACCCACAGUGGAAAAAAAAACAUUUAUUAAAAAAAAAGACAACUUUGAAAUCAAAGUUUAAUGUUUAA